UAUAUAUAUAUAUAUAUAUAUAUAACUGCUUAUACCUCUGUUACCACAGGUUUAUGAAUCUGUGCAGUUGCAUAAAGUAAGUUGUUAUUUUUUUCGUGAACAUGGGAAAAGUGAGAUACAUACAGUGUUAAACUUUUUCUACGUAUACUUACGUCACAUCAUGUCAAAAUUUUCCCUACACCAGAUAUGCCCCACUCAUCCGUCUCCUGAUUGAAGGAAGUUUAUGCGUAGCAAAAGUCAGAUUAGCAAACCUAACUUUCAGAUUUGUCGUCUUCAAGUAAACCAAUAUCCGAUCAGGACUUACUUUACACCCCGAAUGAGUGCUUGAUGUUGACGCUCAGUAACUGCUGGAGUCUGAUGUACGUUAUUCGUGUCACUUUGGUGAAAGUGUCUGUCACCUGUGAUGUCGCAAAAUAUCAGGUAUAUUAUGGUUCCUGUGCCUGGAGAAUGUUUACUAUCCAUUUUCUGUCACGUUCGGUGCACUUUUGGCUGUCGGGAACUGUAUCAAUUCUUCGAAAGUGUUGCCAUGGUUCGUCCGCAAUAUCUCGAAGGUUUGGUGUUUAGAUUUCUGCAAGCGGAUGAUGCGUCAGAUUAAUUUCCCAUUUAACAAACUUUGUCAUGAAACAUUUCCUUGUUUUUAAAUUAUGUACUUGUGAAAAGUACCAGUAGAUUAUGAAAGAAUUAACGACACACGGAAGAAGAUAUAUUAGCUGUAUGAAUUCAUAUUUGUAUUUUUUCGCUCUUGUUACGUUCGCCUAGAUUUUCUUACAUGAAGUGUAGUACCCCAGAAAAUUUGUCAGUGAUGACACUUUAACAACAUCCGUCACUUUUGUUUACACGUACCGAGAGCUGAAGAUUACUGGAAAGCUAUUCUUUAUGCCGUUUGCUCAUUCCUUGUGUUCUGAGUGAGACAGAAGGCUUCAAAAGUUGAAGUUGUAACAACUGUAGCGCUGUUUUUACGGGGUAGGAUUGAUGGCGUCAUGCCAAACCUCUCCUCAUUUCUUGCUGACAACCGGCUGGGCAAGUUUUAGAAAUGUGUUAGCUAGGGAUCGAAACCGUGACUACCUCAUGACAAGUGGCUGUUUUACCAUUAAACCACCAAAUUGAAGGUGACAUUCAUUACAUUGUUGAGAAAAAUGUUCUAUUCAUCAGUAUAAAUGUAGCUUAGUGUGUGCUUGACGUUAUAAAGGGUUGAUUUCUUACUUAGAUGUGAUUGUUUGACAAGUUUACUUGUCAUAUUUUUGCCGUAUGUUCAAUUGUUUGUUUCUUUUCAGAUGUUCUACAUUCUUCGUACUACUUAUAAAGUAGGGUUUACGUUGAAGAAUGUGAGUAUAAGAAGCAUAAGUGGCGUAGCAAAUACUCUAGAUGUCAGGCAGAAAGUCAAAGAAGCUCGAGCAAAGCUUCUUCUUGGAGGUGGGGAGAAACGUCUAGAGGCCCAACAUAAGCGUGGAAAGUUGACAGCUCGUGAACGUAUAGAACUGUUGGCAGAUGCCGGAACCUUUAUCGAGUAUGAUGCUUUUAUGGAGCAUGAUUGUCAUGAAUUUAAUAUGGAGAAACAAAAAAUCCCCUGUGAUAGUGUUGUGACUGGUCGUUGUCAAGUCAAUGGACGUACGAUUUAUUUGUUCAGUCAAGAUUUCACUGUAUUCGGUGGUAGCCUGAGUCUUGUUCAUGCUAAAAAAAUAUGCAAAAUAAUGGAUCAAGCAAUGUUAGUUGGUGCUCCAGUUGUUGGUUUGAACGAUUCGGGUGGUGCUCGUAUUCAAGAGGGUGUUGCCUCUUUAGCCGGUUAUGCUGAUAUCUUUCAACGGAAUGUGAAUGCUUCAGGUGUAAUUCCACAAAUAUCUGUUAUUCUCGGUCCAUGUGCUGGUGGCGCUGUAUACUCACCUGCACUGACUGACUUCAUUUUUAUGGUACAUGAUACAUCCUACCUUUUUAUCACUGGACCAGAUGUUGUGAAGUCUGUUACCAAUGAGGAUGUUACACAGGAAGAACUUGGCGGUGCUAAGACACAUACAACAGUUUCGGGGGUAGCUCAUCGAGCCUUCGACAAUGAUGUUGAUGCUCUCUUAUCAUUACGUAGAUUUCUAACCUUUCUACCGUCUUCGAAUAAAGAAAAAUCACCAAUUCAAGAAUGUCAUGAUCCAGUUGAUCGUUUAGUACCAUCUUUAAAUACAGUUGUUCCUUUAGAGCCUACAAGUGCUUAUGAUAUGACUGAUGUUAUACGGAAUAUUGUUGACGAAGGCGAUUUCUUCGAAAUUAUGCCUACAUAUGCUAAAAAUAUUAUAGUUUGUUUUGCACGAAUGGGUGGUCGAACUGUUGGUAUUGUUGCAAAUCAACCAAAAGUCUCCGCUGGUUGUUUGGAUAUAAAUGCUUCUGUUAAAGGAGCACGUUUUGUUCGAUUCUGUGAUGCAUUUAACAUUCCUUUGAUAACAUUGGUCGAUGUUCCAGGAUUUCUUCCAGGUACUAGUCAAGAAUAUGGGGGUAUAAUUAGACAUGGUGCAAAGCUGAUAUUCGCGUAUGCUGAAGCAACUGUUCCUAAGUUAACUGUUGUAACUAGAAAGUCAUAUGGUGGCGCGUAUUGUGUUAUGAGCUCUAAGCAUUUACGUGGAGAUAUAAAUUAUGCUUGGCCAACUGCUGAGGUUGCAGUCAUGGGUGCAAAAGGCGCAGUACAGAUUAUUUUCAAGGGGAAAGAAAAUCAAGCCCAGGCUGAAGAAGAUUAUAUAAAAGCAUUUGCCAAUCCUUUUCCAGCAGCUAGUCGUGGUUAUGUCGACGAUAUUAUUGAUCCGCAUUUAACACGUGCUCGUCUAUGUCAUGAUCUUGAAUUGUUAACAAAUAAGAAAUUAGAAAACCCUUGGAAAAAGCAUUCUAAUAUGCCGCUUUAGAAGAAUGAAGCUGAAUGUGAAGGCGUCUGCCUACUUAUUGGUUGGUUGAUAACUGGGUAUAUAUAUACAUUUCUGUUCUAAUGCUUAUCUUUUAAUCCUUUCUACAUACAGUGUAAUAUAUAAUCAAGCAAUUUGCAAUUUAUUGAUAUAAGUGUUUUAUACAAUAUGUGUUUUUAUUAUUAUUAUUAUUUAACAACUUAAUUUCUUCUUUUCUUAUUAAUAAUUAAUCAGGAUAAAAACAGUAUUCAUUAUUAUUUAUUGUUAUUAUUAUUAUUGUUCCCUUGGGUUCCUAGU